CUGUAGCCGCCCGCGUCUUGCUCCCAGGGAAACCUCUGCAUGCCCUCCCAGCUGCUCUCGGUCGCCUCCUCUCUGCCCGCUGCCCAGGGUGCAUCCCGGCUUGCAGGGCUCCACGCGACCCAGAUUCCCGCCCCGCCCCCGCCCCUCCCGCGCCCGCAGCCAGUGCGGCAGCCGCGGCCGCCUCUGCCCAGCUCCCGCGCUGGGACCAGCCGCGGCGAUCACGGUCGCUAGUGCGUAGCAGAAGCGAAGGCGGAGAUGGAGACCACGCUGUCGCGAUCCCAGAACUGCUGAGCCCACUGCUGUCCCUGACCCGCUCACACUUCCUUUGCAAAAGCAAAUUUGGAAGCAGUUGCUUGAAGACAGUUGGUGUAGCGUCCAGAGAGUCAACGUCGGCACAAUGAAGCACUUCCUGAGGAUGUUGAUCCAGGUGUGCCUCUAUUUCUACUGUAAAUUUUUGUGGCGCUGCAUGAAGUUUGUGAUGCGUAAGCUCACGGGAAGGUGUGAGCUGCAAAGGAUUUGCUACGGCACCAAACCCGGAGCUUCCAGAACCAUGAAAAUUGAAACGUCACUGAGAGAUUCAAAAAGCAAGCUGUUGCAGACAUCAGUGAGUGUUCAUCCUGAUGCUAUCGAAAAGACUAUUGAUGACAUCAUGGAAUUGAAAAAAAUUAACCCUGACAUCAAUCCACAGUUGGGAAUCUCUCUCCAGGCUUGCCUUCUGCAAAUUGUGGGUUACAGAAACCUCAUUGCAGAUGUGGAAAAACUGCGCAGAGAACCCUACGAUUCCGACAACCCCCAGCAUGAAGAGAUGCUUCUGAAGCUAUGGGAGUUCCUGAAGCCCAACACUCCACUGGAGUCUCGGAUUUCUAAGCAGUGGUGUGAGAUUGGCUUCCAAGGUGAUGAUCCGAAAACAGAUUUUCGAGGAAUGGGUCUUCUGGGACUUUACAAUUUGCAAUAUUUCGCAGAACGGGAUGCCACGGUAGCUCAGCAAGUUCUGUGUGACUCUGUUCAUCCAAAAUGCAGCAAAUUCAGCAAAACAGAAUGGGAAAAGAAAAAGAUGGAUAAAGCAAUUGGGUACUCCUUUGCAAUCGUGGGCAUCAAUAUCACCGACCUGGCAUAUAAUCUGCUCGUGAGCGGCGCUCUGAAAACACAUUUCUACAACAUCGCUCCCGAAGCUCCAACACUGUCUCACUUCCAGCAAACAUUCUGCUAUUUGAUGCACGAGUUUCACAAGUUUUGGAUUGAAGAGGACCCCAUGGACAUAAUGGAAUUUAACCGCGUGCGGGAGAAAUUCCGCAAGAGAAUCAUAAAACAGCUGCAGAACCCAGACAUGGCGCUGUGCCCACAUUUCGCUGCCUCUGAAGGUUUAAUCAACAUGUAGUGCCCACACUGGUUUCAAUGGAUACCCCUGAACACUGCCUCAUUGUCAUCUUAGAUCUCUGCUUAGGUGACAGCUCACACACCUAAUGCACAUAAGUGAUUAUAUAUAUAUAUAUAUAUAUAUAUAUAUAUAUAUAUGCAUGCCUUUUGGUACAGUAUUUUCAUCUCUUGGUCAUUAUUCCAAGAUCCCCCCAAAUAUCACCAUUCUGGAGUGUCCGCCCUCCAGCGACUGCUCACAUUGUGGCAUCCUGCAGUGUUGACAUCUGUCCUUGGCACCCAGGUUUGAAGAAAGUUUUCUAUUUUUUUAGAUUUUUUUCUCUCCCCCCCCCCAUCAUUCAAAUAUUAAAAACGUGUGAUAAUUUCUUAGCUGUAAUUUGUACGUAAGAGAGUUAGCUGAAUCUCAUUCCGUGUUCAUAUUUAUUAAAAAAAAAAGUUUCACGAAGACUGCUGCUAGCCUCUCAAGAAGGGCUUGUGCUUGGACCUCACCCGGGUAAUGUAUAAGACUUGAAAGUCAUACAGACGCGUGAGAAGCCAAACUCUUCCUCCACAUAGAACAGCUGCGCUUCGCCAGGAGGUAACAAGGCCAGACGUCAGCUUCAAACCGGAAGCAUCCUCCAGUGACAUCCUGCAGAACUGGUAGCCUAACCUAACCACAGUCGCAACUGGGUCAUAGCCAUCAGGAUAGGAAACUAUCGUGUCCCCAUCACUACAUGGCUUGGAUGUCAAAAUAUGUGUACGAUGCUUGGAGCCCCAGAAAAGAAGCCAUUAUCUUUCCGAGGCUGCGAAAGGUUUCUCGCUACCUGACUCUUGCUGAACCCAUACUUAGUUCUUAGCACUCCCCAGAUCUCAGUAUCCUUGCUUAGGGAUUGAGUGCUGACUGCUUUGUUUCUAUCUUGGGGGUGGGGAGGCAAUAUUUUAAAAUUGUUUGCAAGAAAAAUGUGCUACAACGCAGGAACCUAAGCGAUGAUAUCAUGCACUAUUUCUUGAAAUUAGCGUCCUUAUAUCAGUGGAAGAAGUUGCUGGGAAGGAGAAAAACAAAAUCAUCCUCAAACAACUGAGAAUCAUCUUCUUUCAAAUGUGAUUUAGUUUGGAAUUAUGACUGUAGUCUGUUGAAUAGUGUUUACCAUGGUGUUUCAUACCUGUGGUAUUUUAUACUUUGGGACGAUCAAUUUUAGUAUUAUUAGAUGUUUGUGUAAUCACUUGCUUAUUUAAAUAAAUUUUGAGUACUGCCUAACUGUCAGUAUAUGAAUAAAUUGCAUAUCAUUCUACAGUAA